AUGCAGCAGACCUCAUACUAUUUCGUCCUUCCUACAGUCACAAUUCUUCUUACCUUCGUGCUAUUUCUACGCUCGAAGGGACGUCGAUCUUCGGUACAGAGGAUUCGUGGACCUCCAAGUCCUUCAUUUCUCUUAGGUCUGCUCGCCUUGACCCAUGAAUACCUCUUGCGUAAUCGCCAACACGUAGGUGAUAUGGAGACGAAGUGGUGUCAAGAAUACGGGGCUGUGUACCGCACUAAGGGUUGUUUCGGGCAAGACAUCUUGUCUGUCGUUGACCCCAAGGCAUUGCAGUACAUUUUUCAUUCAUCUGGAUACCGAUUCCCAAAGACACAAGACGUCUACCAUUCCCUACAUGCCUUCAUGGGACAGGGCUUAGUUAGUGUGGACGGUGAAAUCCACCGACGCCAGCGGAAAAUCCUCGGUCCCGCCUUUGCGACAUCUCAACUCCGACUCUUUUUGACUGUCUUUCAGACGUCUGCAGUGAAGCUUACAGAGAAGAUUAGCGAGCGUGUUGGGGAUGCCAAAGUGCUCAAUGUGCUUGAAUGGACGGGCAAGGCUGCACUAGAUAUCAUUGGCAUUACCUCUUUCAGAUAUCAAUUCAAUUCACUGGGCGAUGGAAACACUGAGUUGAUGAAGGCGGUCAAUAAUAUCUUUAGUGAUGCAGCGAGUUCGCCGACAUCCCUGGAGCUUCUGUAUUCCGCACUCUGGCGCCGACUUCCCGGUUGGCUGCUUGUGCCACUCGAGUGGCUACCCAAUCGAGAGACUAAGCGACUGAGUUUCUUCAGAAAAGUUGCGAUGAAGGUAUCAAGACCGAUCUUCGAGAAACAGCUGAAAGAAGUGGCCGGUGAUGUCAAUCCAGCUGAGAAGGACAUCGUUAAUGUUCUCGCGAUGUCUCAUCUCAAUGAUGAUGCAAAGAAGAAGAUGAGCGAUAUAGAAAUCGACUCUCAGCUGGCGACGUUCAUCCUAACCGGUCACGACACGACUGCGAACACCAUGGCUUGGCUUCUCUACGAGCUAAGUCUUCAUCCUGAGGACCAAGUAAAGAUACGCAAGGAGAUUGUGCAAGCCAAAGCAAAUGCUCCGGGAGCGCUUACCUCGGAUGAUUAUGAUUCGAUGGUUUGGCUGAACGCCUGUAUUAAAGAAGCCCUCCGUCUCCACCCUCUGGUACAUAGCUUAUUUCGUGAAUCAGCCCAGGAUGACGUCCUGCCUCUCGCCCAACCCAUCACCACUUCGGAUGGCAAAUUGUGUUCGCAGAUUCCUAUUUGCAAGGGCCAGGUCGUCAUGACUUCUCUGUAUUCCUAUAAUCGGCUUCCGUCGGUCUGGGGUGAUGAUGCCGAGGAGUGGAAUCCUAGUCGAUUCCUUGACGGUCGGGAUGCCAAGCAAAUCUCUCUCGGAGUCUAUGCAAAUCUGCUGACAUUCAGUGCUGGUAUUCGUGGAUGCAUUGGCUGGCGAUUUUCUGUCAUGGAAUUGCAAUCGGUGGUCACAGAACUCUUGAGUAACUUCGAGUUCAGUAUGCCGAAGGGAGCUCCGAGAUUACAGCAUGGUCCCGCCGGUAUGGCAUUGGGACCCAACGUUCCAGGCAAAGUAGAGGAAGGACCGCAAAUCCCGUUGCUUGUAACCGCACUUAACAAGUAGGUCUGCGAGAGCAUGGGCUACAGCGUCAGGGAUUCAGAAAGCAAGGGGGGGUCGAGCAAUAAUCCAAUCGUGCACAUGCAUUUCUGUCUUCAUAAUGUCCUAUCAAUCACAGGAAAUGGCACCUCAAUGCCAUCAAUCGUUCACUGUAUUGAUCUCCAAGUCUCUGAUAUUUGCGCGAUUAUGAAGAAGGUAUUCAUGGUCUAAGAAAAGACAGUUUAGCACGAGUAUGCUUGCGCUAUUAAAUCUGACCUAGUAGACGGGAGGGGCAGGGAGAG